AUGAACUACCUUCGGGGCGCGGUCAGCGCCAUCAGUGCGCCAUACCAGUACUACAAGGACCUCAACCCCUCCACUCUCACAGGCGCCAUCGACGUCAUAGUCGUCCGCAGGCCCAGGAAUCUCCCUGACAAGCCGCCGGAUGGCCCUGUACCACCGCUGUCAGAUGAGGAGACCGAGCUUGUAUGCUCUCCGUUCCACGUGCGGUUCGGGAAGUGGCAGGUGCUGCGACCACAAGAUAAGAAGGUCGAUGUGUUCGUCAAUGGACAGCUUGUCCCCUUCUCGAUGAAGAUCGGAGAGGCAGGCGAAGCGUUCUUCGUCUUUGAGACCGAGGAGGAGAUCCCAGAGAACCUCGCUACCAGUCCCAUCCUGCAAGCGACCAGGCCCGGCGAGACGAACAUGCAGGCGCGAGAAACGGGCAGGUUCGGAGCUGGUCCCGCCUCUCCACAAAUCAAAGACUCAGCCGGGGAGCCCGAGUUUCUCGACCUCAACGCAACUGCCGGUACCCAGUCCCGCCAGAGCACACCUUCUCCGCCACAUUCUCCCGAGUCCUCGCAAGAUGAGGAAACCAAGGGUCCUGGCAUCCUAGCCCGGACAGCUCAAAUUGGAAAAGCGAUAGUCAGCGCAGCGCGGGAGACGGAGAAAGCGGAGGAAGAUAAACUGAAGGACAAGACGGUCAUGGAGGCUCUCAAGGAGACGGAGAAGGACCAACGCGAGUUCGUCAGAGACAAAGCUACAGCGGCUUACGCUGCUGUAGAACGUGCUGCUGCGGUGAAUUUUCCUAGCACUAAGGAGAAGGGUGAUGAAGUACUCCCGGAGCCCGAGGUGGACGAACAAGGACCAGACGUUAAAUAUACGGACACUAUGGUCUUCGAUAUGGAGGGCUAUCACGCAGCUGAUCACGGAAGACAGGCUUCAGAUGCCACACUCAGGUCGAGUACAACACACCGAAGAGGUUCCUCUGCAUCUGACACAUCCAGUCAGAACCGAACACCAGGCCCUUCCAGAACUCCCUCCCCUCCCGGAACACCUCUGUCUGUCCCCUUCCCGACUGCCCGCGCGACUUCUGAGCCACCUCCCCAACACGAGGACGGCUAUGCGUCGAUCACCUCCCCACAACGCGCACCGUUCCCCACGAUAGCGCGCGAUCCGCCGGAUACCGAUAAUCGCCCCCAUAUCCCUUCUUUGCCUUCAAUACGCACAUCUACAACGGAAGAGUACACUUGGGACUGGGGUAAUUUCCCACAGAAGACUCCCGUACGCUCAACCUUUGCGCACAGCCAUGCGCCCGGCACGUCUGUCGACCUCACUCGCAAGGGGAAAGGCCGCAUGAUGUCGGAGCUCCCGGACGCCCAGUACGCGCGGGCUCGCGCAGCUGCGGAACGCGAGGCGCAGGACGACUCGACGUCCUACGGCGUCGGGGGGCGGCUGACCAUCGACCACAACGACCCAACGCGGUUCCGGGUGUUCAUCGAAGGACGCGCGAUGGAGUUCGAGCUUGCAGUUGUCCCACCGACCUCACUGCAAAGCUCUGUGGAUGGGAAGGAGCACGCGGGUACGCUGGGCGGAGACGACGAGGUCGAGGACGAGCACCGGUUCGAGCAGAGCAAGAUCGACUUCGAGCGCUUUUUGGGCGAUGAAAGCGUCGUGCAUGAUGACAACCUCGUCUUGUUGUGGGGCGACAAGUAUAUCCGGCGGCGAGACGGCUCGCCGCUCAUGGAUGCGCUGAUCACAUGGCGCCAGGCUGCGUUGCGCGACCAGCAGUCGCUCUUCUCCUCUCGUCCUGCGUCUCCAUCGCCGCUCUCGGAGGACGAGUCUGUCAAAUCGGAGGGCGACGAGCCGGCCGAGGAACGUCGCCCACAACGUGCGAAGACAGACACGGCGCUGGCUGUCGAUGGCUCGGGGAAGGAGCCUGCCCCUACGUCUUCCUCAUGGGUUCGCUGGUGGAGUCGGAGUCGACGAGGGGAGACUGCGCGGCCUGAGAUAGGACACACUAAUUCGGAGCCUUCUGCCGUGCCUCAAGCGCAGUCAAAUGCCAUAUUGAGACCUGAAGCAGUGGUUCAACGGACGAGCACGUCCGCGUCUGCUCCUGUACCCGCGGUCCAAGAUGAUGCCGAGUCGCGUUCGAGGACAAGGUCGACCUCGCCUGAGCUGCACAAGAGGUUCGCGAAGACGUUGCGCCUGACGUCGGACCAGCUGGUAUGUCGACUUCGGGCUCAGAAAUCGCUUCACCUCAAGCCAGGCGCAAACUCGGUGACGUUCUCGCUGUCAUCGACGGGCGUUGCGGCCUGUAGUGCCAGGCUGUUCGUCUGGGAAUGGACGGAUCAGAUUGUCAUCUCUGACAUUGACGGAACUAUCACAAAGUCGGAUGCGCUUGGUCACGUCUUCACGAUGAUUGGGCGUGAUUGGACGCAUCUCGGCGUCGCCAAGCUCUACACCGACAUCUGCCGGAAUGGGUACAAGAUCUUGUAUCUGACCUCUCGAGCUAUUGGCCAGGCAGACUCCACUCGAGAGUACCUCAAGGGUAUCAAGCAGAACAACUACCAGCUUCCGGAAGGUCCUGUCAUCAUGAGUCCUGACCGGCUGAUGGCCUCAUUGCACCGCGAGGUCAUUAUGCGCAAACCGGAAGUCUUCAAGAUGGCAUGUCUGCGCGACAUCCAGAAGCUCUUUGGAGGGCCCAUUCACAAUCCCUUCUAUGCCGGCUUCGGUAACCGCAUCACCGAUGCGCUCUCUUACCGGAGCGUCAGUGUGCCCAGCUCCCGCAUCUUCACCAUCGACUCCACCGGCGAGGUCAAGAUGGAGCUUCUCGAGCUCGCUGGCUACAAGUCGUCAUAUAUCCAUAUGACGGACCUCGUCGAUCAGAUGUUCCCGCCUAUCAAUCGCAAGAUGGCCGCAGAGUUCACUGAUUUCAACUACUGGCGCACGCCCAUCCAGGACUUCCCCCUUCCCGACCUCUCUCCUCCCUCCCCUGCCCUGAGCGCGCGUUCCGACACCUCGAACCAGAGUACGUUCGCGCGCUUGCGGAAUUUCAGCCUCGUCAGCGGCCGCCAGCCGUCAUCGAAGUCCUUCACGCUUCCCCCGCCUGCAACGGAGGCGAGCCAGCAGAAGAAUGACACAGACGGCAACGAGGCUCGUCUCCGCCAGAUGUCCUCGUUCGAGCGUCUCAGCAACACGUUCGCCAGCCUCACUCAGUCGUCUUCCUCGACUGCCGGCAGCCCGCACUCUAGCACGCCUACCCUGCACGACUCGGACUCGGAGUACGACGAGGAGGCGGAUGAUGUCGAAAAGGCGCGCCGCAGGCGACAGCGACGCCAGAGCGUGGCGAGCAUGCCUGGUUCGCUUCCGGGCUCGAACCCCGGGUCGGACGACGAGAUGACUUUUGGUGACGACGAAGACGAUGAGGAGGGUGAUGGGUACGAAGGCGAGAACGAAGUUGUGCCAGACGAGGCUUUCGACGACGCCAUAUUCGCUGCUGGUGAGAUGAAGAACGUUGAUUAUAUCUAG